AUGGAAACAAAAGUACAAAAACAAAUAAUUGACUACUUUUCCUUUUUCGAAGAGUUUUAUAAUACAUCCAAAACGUGUUUGAAAAUCUGCCAAAACUGCGCAAUAUCUAUUAAUAAAGUGAUUCGUAGGUGCAAAAGCAUAAAAGAGGCUACGUUAACUGGAACGCCUUUGGAAGAGUUUGUAGGUUUGCAAAGUAAAUUGUUAUCGUCUUUACAUAACCUAAUCUCUGAAGAAGUUCAAGAAAUUCAAAGACAACGGACUGAAGUGGAUGAGAUAUUUGAACAGCUCUGUAGUAAACACAAAAGUUUAUUGGGAAGUGUCAAAGAAAUUGAUCUUAGCCAACAAACCUUACUUGUGAAGGGGACUCCAUUCCAGCCACCUCUUGAACAAAUCCUACAAUUUGCUGAAGAAACCCUUACUUUUGGAGGACAAGUACCUGCACAAAUUGAAACAUCAUUAAGUGUGCUUGCUUUCAAGGGCCUAAAUACACAGUCUCUAGUUGAUAAUUUUAAAAUUUCAUCAGAUUGGCAGAAGAAAAUACCUGAAAUAAUAGCUUAUACAUCCUUUUGUUCUGAGAACGAAAUA